AUGGAUGGAGGGAGAGCAGGAGGAGGAGGAGGACCACGACGACGCCGCCGCCAUGCAUGGACCCAUAUUUCUGAUGAUAUAAGAGCAACUUUGGUGGACCAUGUCAUCAACCAUGGCCUGACCAUGAGGGAAGCUGGGCAGAGAGUCCACCCACAUCUAAGCCGCUUCACAGUGGCAUCUGUAAUAAGAACAUUCCGACUAGAAAACAGAAUGACUCAAAGACCUUCUGGGGGAGGACGCCAAUGCCUGUUCACACAACAGCAGGAACUUGCCGUUGUGGACCUAGUGAGGGCAGACAAUGCCAUCCGUCUCCACCAGCUACGAAAGACAAUACUUGCAGACAGGCAAGUGCUCAACAACAUAACCCAUGUGAGCAUCACCACCAUCAGACGCAUCUUGGGAAAACACAGCAUCACCAUGAAGCAGCUCUACAGAGUCCCAUUUGAGAGGAACAGUGACAGGGUCAAAGGACGUCGAGCUGAAUAUGUACGGAGAAUCUUGGCCAUGGAUGGAGCUGCACAGCCUCAUGAAUUCAUUUUCAUUGAUGAAGCUGGAUUCGACCUGUGCAAAACAAGACGACGGGGUCGUAAUGUAAUUGGCCAAAGGGCAAUUGUGCACGUCCCAGGGCAGCGCGGGGGAAAUAUCACAUUGUGUGCCACCAUAAGCCUUCGAGGGCUUCUGCAUCAUCAUGCAAAACUAGGACCAUACAAUAGCCAACAUAUACUCACAUUUCUAGGUGCUCUCGAUAAUAUAGUUGUACAAAACAGCCCAGAUCAGCCCAGGUUUGUGGCAAUGGCACAGGCCUGCAGCGACAUUCAGGUGACCGCAAUCCAUGGAUGGUUUCGACAUGCAAGGGGAUAUUUUCCCCGGUGCCUAGCGGGAGAAGACAUUGCUUGCGAUGACAAUGAGGUCCUGUGGCCAGACCCCAACAGACGGCGGGAUCCAUGA